GGGUUGCAAGGGCUUCUUCAGGCGCAGCAUCACCAAGAACGCCGUCUACCAGUGCAAGUACGGCAACAACUGCGAGAUCGACAUGUACAUGCGGCGCAAGUGCCAGGAGUGCCGGUUGAAAAAGUGCCUGCACGUAGGCAUGCGACCCGAGUGCGUGGUGCCCGAGUUCCAGUGCGCCGUCAAGCGCAAGGAGAAGAAGGCACAGAAGGAGAAGGACAAGCCGAACAGUACGACAAUGAACGGUUCCCCUGGUGGCCUGGGUGCCGAGCCGAUGGGCGUGAAAAUGGAGCCAGCGGAGGCGGACGGCUACUCGAUGUCGAGUGGCAGCGGCGUCGUCGCCACGAUCGGCUCGGUCAACGGCAUCAACUACGUCAGUCCCGAGCAGGAGGAGCUCAUCAACAGGCUCGUCUACUUCCAGGACGAGUACGAGCAGCCAAACGAGGAGGACGUCAAAAGGAUCACGAACGCGACGUCGGAAAACGAGGACCCCAGCGACGUGAGGUUCAGGCACAUCACCGAAAUCACGAUACUGACGGUCCAGCUGAUCGUCGAGUUCGCCAAGCGACUGCCGGGUUUCGAUAAGCUCCGCCACGAGGACAAAAUUGUCUUACUGAAAGCCUGCUCGAGCGAGGUGAUGAUCCUGAGGAUGGCGCGCAAAUACGACUACCAAACGGACAGUAUAAUAUUCGCCAAUAAUCAGCCUUACUCGCGCGACAGCUACACCCUCGCCGGCAUCGGCAACAUCAUUGACGACCUGCUGCAAUUUGGCCGACUCAUGUACUCCAUGAAGGUCAACAAUGCCGAGUACGCACUGCUCACCGCCAUCGUCAUAUUUUCAGAGAGGCCGAACGUGUCGGAAGGCUGGAAGGUCGAAAAGAUCCAGGAGAUCUACCUGGACGCGCUGAAGGCCUACGUGGAAAGCAGGCGAAAGCCCAAGGCCUCGGCGAUGUUCGCCAAGCUGCUGUCGGUGCUCACCGAGCUGCGCACCCUCGGUAACCAGAACAGCGAGACCUGUUCGAACCUCAAGCUCAAGAACAAGAAGCUGCCGCCAUUCCUCGCGGAAAUCUGGGACGUGGCGUCCUAGUCGGCGAGCGUCCA